ACAUGGACUCCUUUCUCGGAAAGUACUUCCUUGUGGUGAUGGCGGUCUUAAUAGGUGACUAUGACUACGGCGACUACGCGGCCGACGACGCGCCGCCCAUCCCUAGCAAGACGCGGGCGCGUACCUGCGACAUGGAGAUCGAGCUGUUCGAGAUGCAGCCCAUGGAGCCGGAGCCCAUCAAGGGCAAGCUGUCCAACUGCAGCGACCGCAGCUGCGACAAGCAGUUCAUCGUGCAGCCGGUGCUCUCCAGCAACCUGGUCGUGCUGGCCGUGUUCACAGACUGCAACUGCACCAGCACCUCUGGCUACGGCACUGUGUUUGGUGGCACGUUUCUACACUCUUCUACAGUGCCUUGCGGACACUUCAAGCUAGAGCAGCUGCAAAGCCGCAAUUGUAACUGUGUCAUAUUGGCGCUUUUCAUCGUGACCGAGCCCGAUCGGUACUGA